UCACCAACUUCCCACACACAUCAGCAUCCAUCGCAGCGAGCGACCGUCGGCAUCACAAGCCAUCUCCCUCUCUCUUGUCUUGUGAUCUAGCUCCCGUCGCGAUCAUUGUGAUAUAGGCAUGGCCAGGUCAUCGUCGUCGCUGCUCGUCCUCACGGUCCUGGUGGUGGCCGCGGCGGCGUGCUCCACUACGGCGGCGGCGCGCAGCGUCCCGGCGGAGGAGAAGAAGACGGCUGCGCCGGUGGCGGCGGCGGACGUGAAGCAGCCGGAGACGUUCCACGAGGGGACGGUGUUGAUCCCUGGGCUCGGGCGGUUCGAGCUCGGCAGCACCUACGUGCCGGACAUCACCGGAGUCGACCACAGCGUCCCGGCAGCCGAGCACGGGCAGUUCCUCCCCGGCGCCGACGACACAUGGGUCCCCAACCCCGGCUUCGAGGUGCCCAACCCCUUCCAGCCCGGCUCGUCUUCUCCCUGAAUCACCCGCCGGCUCGCCGUCGUCGCCGAGCUAGCUAGCUAGGCGGCGGUUUGCCGGAGUAAUAAUGUGUGUGAUCCCACGUGUCCCCGUCGGUGCACGGCUGCCGUAGUGGAGUCGUUUAGUUUUUCAAUUGUGUGUGGAUGCGUAGGAUGCAUUCAGAUGUUUGGCUUGAUCGAUCGCGUGCUUUUGUUAGCUUUGAACUCGUAAUAAUGUAUUAAUUGGUGAGUGAUUAUGCAAGAGCUCGGUAAAGUAAUUACUGUUCACGUACUAAA